AUGGCGGCGGAGACGGCAGGGGUGAAGGGGACCUGCGAUCCCGCACCUGGGCAGGAGCUCUUGGUGGCCUGGAACACCGUGAGCACCGGGCUGGUGCCGCCGGCUGCGCUGGGACUGGUGUCCUCUCGGACCAGCGGUGCGGUCCCGCCGAAGGAGGAGGAGCUCCGGGCGGCGGUGGAGGUUCUGCGGGGCCACGGUGUGCACUCGAUUCUGGAGGAGUGGUUCGUGGAGGUCCUGCAGAACGACCUGCAGGCCAACAUCGCCCCCGAGUUCUGGAAUGCCGUAUCCCAGCGCGAGAACGCUGCGGCCGAGCCCCAAUGCCUGGUGCUGCUGCUGGAUGCGUUUUGCCUGCUGGAGAACCGCCUGGACCCCUACCUUCAUAGUUUAGAGCUCCUGGAAAAAUGGACACGCCUGGGCUUGCUGAUGGGCACCGGCGCUCAGGGGCUGAGGGAAAAGGUCCACACCAUGUUGCGGGGCAUCCUGUUCUUUUCCACUCCCAGAACCUUCCAGGAGAUGAUCCAGCGCCUCUAUGGGCGCUUCUUGAGGGUCUAUAUGCAGAGUAAGAGGAAGGGGGAAGGGGGCACCGACCCGGAACUGGAGGGGGAGUUGGACAGCCGCUAUGCCCGCCGCCGGUACUACCGGCUCCUGCAGAGCCCCCUGUGCGCCGGCUGUGGCAGCGACAAGCAGCAGUGCUGGUGCCGCCAGGCCCUGGAGCAGUUUCAGCAGCUCAGCCAGGUCCUACAUAGACUCAAUCUGUUGGAGCGAGUCAGUGCUGAGGCGGUGACCACCACGCUGCACCAGGUGACCCGGGAAAGGAUGGAGGACCGCUGCCGGGGCGAGUAUGAGCGCUCAUUCCUGAGGGAGUUCCACAAGUGGAUCGAGAGGGUGGUCGGUUGGCUCGGCAAGGUGUUCCUGCAGGACGGCCCUGGCAGGCCCGCAUCCCCGGAGGCUGGCAACACUCUGCACCGCUGGCGCUGCCACGUGCAGAGGUUCUUCUACCGCAUCUAUGCUGGCAUGCGCAUUGACGAGCUCUUCAGCAUCAUUCGAGACUUCCCAGACUCACGGCCAGCUGUCGAGGACCUCAAGUACUGCCUGGAGAGGACCAACCAGAGGCAGCGGCUCCUGGAAUCACUCAGGGCGGCGCUGGAGACGCGCCUUCUACACCCAGGCGUGAACACGUGUGACAUCAUCACGUUAUACAUUUCCGCCAUCAAGGCUCUGCGUGUGCUGGACUCCUCCAUGGUCAUCCUGGAGGUGGCCUGUGAGCCCGUCCGCCGCUACCUGAGGACACGGGAGGACACGGUGCGGCAGAUAGUAGCUGGACUGACGGGGGAUUCGGAUGGGACUGGGGACUUGGCCGUUGAACUGUCCAAGACUGACCCUGCAAGCCUGGAAACUGGUCAGGACAGUGAGGAUGACUCGGGUGAACCUGAGGACUGGGUCCCCGACCCCGUGGACGCCGACCCAGGGAAGUCGAGCUCCAAGCGACGCUCCUCGGACAUUAUCAGCCUGCUGGUCAGCAUAUACGGCAGCAAAGACCUCUUCAUCAACGAGUACCGCUCCCUGCUCGCUGACCGUCUCCUGCACCAGUUCAGCUUUAGCCCCGAGCGGGAGAUCCGCAAUGUGGAGCUACUGAAACUGCGCUUUGGCGAGGCCCCAAUGCACUUCUGUGAGGUCAUGCUGAAGGACAUGGCGGAUUCCCGGCGCAUCAAUGCUAACAUCCGUGAGGAGGACGAGAAACGCUCGGCCGAGGAGCAGCCACCAUUCGGGGUCUACGCGGUCAUCCUGUCCAGUGAGUUUUGGCCACCUUUCAAGGACGAGAAGCUGGAGGUGCCCGAAGACAUCAAGGAGGCUCUGGACGUCUACUGCAAGAAGUAUGAGAAGUUGAAGGCCAUGAGGACCCUCAGCUGGAAGCACACACUGGGCCUAGUGACCAUGGACGUGGAGCUAGCUGACCGCACGCUCUCGGUGGCCGUGACCCCUGUACAGGCUGUGAUUCUGCUGUACUUCCAGGAGCAAGCCAGCUGGACCCUGGAAGAGCUGAGCAAGGCGGUGAAGAUGCCGGUGGCGUUGCUCCGGCGGCGGAUGUCCGUGUGGUUGCAGCAGGGUGUGCUGCGGGAGGAGCCCCCAGGUACCUUCUCGGUCAUAGAAGAGGAGCGGCCCCAGGACCGAGACAACAUGGUGCUCAUGGACAGCGAUGACGAGAGCGACUCGGGCAUGGCCUCCCAGGCUGACCAGAAGGAGGAGGAGCUGCUGCUCUUCUGGACCUACAUCCAGGCCAUGCUGACCAACCUGGAGAGCCUGUCUCUGGAGCGGAUCUACAGCAUGCUGCGUAUGUUUGUCAUGACCGGGCCUGCGCUGGCCGAGAUCGACUUGCAGGAGCUCCAGGGUUACCUGCAGAAGAAGGUGCGUGACCACCAGCUCAUCUACUCGGCCGGCGUCUACCGCCUGCCCAAGAACUGUAGCUGAC